AAAUCCUAUCCGGUCUGCCCCACCCUGACUCUCCUCAUCUUUUCCUUCGGCGCUGUCCUCCAUGUCCUAGUUCAGGGUUCAAUCCCUUGACAUUAUCCGUAUAUCUCAGGCGGAACAUCGACAGACAAGGAACGAACGGCACAACACGCUCCAGCGCUUGGUUUUUCUCAAAGUACCACAUUCGGGAAAGCCUCAAUAACCAGCUCAGAGUGCCACGGAGCGAGACGAAGGAAACAUGCUCGAGCUGAGGGAUCUGCAGGCCGAUAUUGCUGAUAUAAACCAUGCAUGGGCGCGGCUGCUUUCACGAUCCUAGUUUACGACCACCUUAUGACUUUCUCUGACGAAGUCGAGUACAUCUGGAAGGGCACGAAAGGACGACGUAUGUUUUUUCUUCUGUGGUUUAUUUGCAGCAAUCGAUAUCUCACGCCUCUUGCCUUCAUCAUCAAUGUAUACGGUCAAUGCGAUCGCUUUGUGCGCUAUGAAGGCGUUAUGACCAUGGUUGGAAUCGUGAUCGUCGCCGUGAUGAUGUUCCUUCGAGUACAAGCCCUCUACUCUGGUCACCCCCGCAGCUACUGGAUCCAAGGGGUUGUGCUCACUAUUUUAACGGCCUUCAUUGGGACGAACACAUGGCUGCUCACACAAGGGAUUGCCGUCCCUCAUGAAGUCAACGACGGUGUACAUUGUAUUGGUCCAAUCGCCGCCACCACUGCCUGGUUCCCGCUUCUUUACGACACCGUUGUCGUGGGGCUGACGCUUAAGGCCUUCAUGCGACCCGGGUUGCACGCAAGCGAGAUCAUGCAGGUGCUGGUCGAGGAGGGUUUGCUGUAUUAUAGUGUCAUCUUCUCGGUCACCCUGGCGUUGACGAUCAUGAUCGCGAGUGCGGACAAAGGCGUGAGAAAUUUACUGGCACAACUGACCGUGACGAUGAUGUCUCGCAUCACACUCGACCUCAAACGGUUUCAUCAUCACCAAUCAAGGAUCGGACAGCAAGGCGGCAGCAUCGUAGUUCCUGGCACCAAAGACCCACCCGGCCUCACUCGACACCCUGACCAUCACUCGCGUCACGCCCACUCAUACUUCCCCCACUCUCCUCACUCCCCAGAAUUCCAGCCCGCGCGCUUCACGGACGAAUCACCACAUAACCCCACCACUGCCAAGUCGAAAUCCAAGACAAGGACGAGAGGGAAGCGAAAACAGGAACAAUCGAUUCCGUAUGGAUUCGGUGAGGUCUCGGCGUCCUCGUGGAGGAGCGUGAGCAGACCGGCACAGUCGAAUCGGUCGUUGGGCGGCGUGGGUGGGUUUGGAGUGUUGGAGGGGUUGAUGAGUUGGAGGCGGCCGGGACGGAUACAACAUAUUCAGAAGAGCACGAUCGGGACUGGGGCGGAGGAUUCGUUUUUCAGUAUGGUUACUAUGCCUGAUACGGCACAAGCGGACCGUGGGCAUUUGGGUGCAGGGGCGAACGGAGGAGGGGAAGGGCAGACGAGGACGAUUGAGACGAUGGCGACCAGGGGAGGGGGUGGGACGAGGGACGAAGGGGUUGAGGUGUGGCGGGAGGUGGAAGUUGUGACGGAGGGGGAAGAGUGGUGGUUAGGGAAAGAGAGGGGCGGGAAGCAGACGUAUUCGGGAGAUGAGGAGAUGGGGCUUGGGGAGAGUCUGGGCGAGGAUAUGAGGGAGGACGAGGAGAGGGAGGAGAGGCAGAGGCAGAGAGCGUAUAGAGAGGCGGGGAGGAAGGGGAGCGGGGAGAGUAGCAGCAACGGUAGUGGGCGUGCGAGAGGAUACGUGCACGACCCUCCGGUGGAGAUGGUGGAGAUGGUGCCGAGGAGACCAAAGCAGGCUGUGACGAAAGGGCGGGAGCCUCCACCUGGUUUCACGGGGAUUGGGUUCGAUAGGGAUGGUUUGUGAUCCCGUCUCUCUCUUGCUUUUGCUGUCACUCUGUUGUAAUUUAUUGUAGUCUUUAUCCUCUGCUCCUGCCAUCGUUCGCCAUCUUGGAUAUCCGGUACUUCCUUUCACGCCUGUGGCGCUGUAGCACUACUGUAGUACCCUACCCUACUUUCCUGUCAUUAAUUGCUAUCUACUUAUAUGUCCGUGCUGGGCUCUCUCGCUAUCUACCUGCUUAUUUUG